GAAUGGGGUGUCGAUCGACCUCGUGGUUAAUGCCAAGUUGCUCCACCCCCUAUAAAGGCCGGUCGCGGUCGCGGUCGCGGUUGGAGCGUGACGGCGCGCGCGCAAGAUGAAUCAUGUAGUGGCAGAAAGGGUGAGGAAGGUGUUUUCUGUCCAGGAGGGGAGGAAGAGACAGUAUUUGAGGCUGGAGAGGCAAGUAAAACCGCCUCGAGAUAUUUCUCAACCCAUUCCUGCCUUUUCCGGACAGGGUACACAGUCAGUACUGCAACAAGACCCUGCGAGAGGAGGAAUAUCAAGCCGAAAUGGAAGCAGUCACCAGCUCCUUUGCCCAGCUCUCGCAAGAUAUGCUCUCUCACGUGGCGUGGUUCAGAGAGAAUGAACUAAGAGAGUCGGCCACCAUCCUCACGGAUGUCCAACUCAAGGAGAAAGAGAAAUUACAACUGACAGUGCAGUAUCAGAUGAAGAGACUGGAAAAGGUUGGGAGGGAGAGACAAGAGAGUGAAGAAGAGGAAUUUAGCAGGGAGGCCCACGAGGAGAGAGACCUCAGAAAGAGGCUGGCAGAGACCGAGGGAGCCAUUGCUGGGCUCCUGAGCGAUCUCAGAUUUGAGUGUGAACCUCAGCUGCUAGCUCAUUUCCCUUUGUAAAACACUUUUUUU